AUGUCCGUUGAAGUCACACCAUCAAAGCAGGCUGCCUCUGCCCUUGAGUCUUUCAAGAUGGAGUCACCCGUCAAGAAGCUUAACUUCAACACCGCCGACAAGGAAAACCAGCCCCUCAGCUCUGACGUUGCCACCGCAACCGAGAAGACCGACAUUCAGACCAAGCCCACUGAGGAGACCACGAAGCAACAACAAUUGGCCAACGUUGCCCCUACCAUCAAGGAAGAAGAGAUGGACGAGCCUCUUCUUCAGGAGAACGGCCAGCGUUUUGUUCUUUUCCCCAUCAAGUACCACGAGAUUUGGCAAAUGUACAAGAAAGCCGAAGCCUCUUUCUGGACUGCGGAAGAGAUCGAUCUGUCCAAAGACCUUCACGAUUGGAACAACAAGAUCAAUGACGACGAGAAGUUCUUUAUUUCUCACAUUCUUGCCUUCUUUGCCGCUUCCGACGGCAUUGUCAAUGAGAAUCUGGUCGAGCGCUUCAGCGGCGAGGUCCAGGUCCCUGAGGCCCGUUGCUUUUACGGUUUCCAGAUCAUGAUGGAAAACAUCCAUUCUGAGACUUACUCUCUGCUCAUCGACACCUACAUCAAGGAGCCUGCGCAGCGCACAUACCUCUUCAACGCUAUUGAUACUAUCCCCUGCAUCCGCAAGAAGGCCGAUUGGGCUCUGAGAUGGAUCACCGACCAGAAAUCCACAUUUGCCCAGCGCCUGGUCGCCUUCGCCGCUGUUGAAGGUAUCUUCUUCAGUGGUGCGUUCGCUUCCAUCUUCUGGCUGAAGAAGCGUGGUCUUAUGCCCGGCCUGACCUUCUCCAAUGAGCUCAUCUCUCGUGAUGAGGGCCUGCACACCGAUUUUGCCUGCCUUUUGUACUCCCACCUCAAGCACCGCCCUAGCAAGCAGGUCAUUGAGGACAUCAUCGUCGAUGCCGUUAAGAUUGAGCAGGAAUUCUUGACUGAGGCUCUGCCUUGCGGCCUCCUUGGCAUGAACUCUAAUCUCAUGAAGCAGUACAUUGAGUUCGUCGCCGACCGUCUACUAGUUGCUCUUGGCAACGAGAAGGUCUACAAGUCGACCAAUCCCUUCGACUUCAUGGAGAACAUCUCCCUUGGCGGCAAGACCAACUUCUUUGAGAAGCGUGUUGCCGACUACCAGAAGGCUGGUGUCAUGAACAGCACCAAAAAGUACCAAGAUGAGGCUUCCAGCCCUGAGGAGAAGGGUGAGAACGGUGGUGACUUCUGCUUCGAUGAAGACUUCUAA